AGGGGUAAAUUUGGGAAUGUGUACCUUGCACGAGACAAACAUUUGCAAUACAUUGUGUCGCUGAAGGUGCUCUUCAAGUCUCAGAUGGAAAAAGAUGGCGUGGAGCACCAGCUCAGAAGAGAGAUCGAGAUUCAGUCCCAUCUAAGACACCCCAACAUCUUGCGCUUCUACAACUACACAAGGGUCUUCCUGAUCCUAGAGUAUGCCCCACGAGGUGAAAUGUACAAAGAGCUGCAGAGACAUGGACACUUUGAUGACCAACGCACUGCAACAUACAUGGAAUAGUUGUCCGAUGCACUGCAGUAUUGCCAUGAGAGGAAAGUGAGCCAUCGGGACUUACAGCCUGAGCACCUCUUGCUGGGCUUCCGUGGGGAGCUGAAAAUUGAAGACUUUAGCUGGUCUGUAUAUACGCCAUCCUUAACGCAUAGCACAAUGUGUGGAACACUGGACUACCUGCCCCCAGAGAUGGUUGAGGGGCACACUCAUGAUGAAAAGAUGGACCUAUGGUGCAUCGGGGUACUAUGCUAUGAGUGCUUAGUUGGAACCCCCCCAUUUGAAACGGCCAGCCAUUCUGAUGUCAAGAGUGCUGUCUGA